GAUGUUUGUAAAGCACUGGACACUGCCACAGGAGGAGAGGUGGCCAUAAAGAAAAUAAAUCUUCAAGAACUGAUCAGAAGGGAAGUAACCUUUAAGGAACUCAUGGUCAUGAAAAUUAAUAAGCACCUAAACAUUGUGAAUUAUUUAAAGAGCUACCUUCUGGAUGAUGAACUCUGGCUGGUUAUGGAGUACAUGGAUGGAGGUGCCCUGAGCGAUGUCAUCAAUGAGACUCACAUGUCUGAAAGAGAGAUUGCAGCCGUCAGUCGGGAGUGCCUGCGAGGACUGGAUUUUCUUCACUCCAACCACAUGAUCCACCGAGGUCUGAAGAGCAGCAACAUCCUUCUCAGAACCGACGGCUCUGUCAAGCUGGCUGACUUUGGCCUCUUUGCUCAGCUCACUCCUGAGCAGAGUAGACAGAGCUCCGUGGCCAGCACUUCUGGGUGGAUGGCGCCUGAAGUGGUGACAGGUCAACCAUAUGGCCCCAAAGUGGACAUAUGGUCUUUUGGAAUCGUGGGCAUUGAAAUGGUGGAAGGAGAAGCUCCUUACUGGAAAGAAACUUCUGGCAUGCCUCAACUCAUGAUAGCCAGACGAGGGAUACCAAAGCUGCUGCAGCCCAACCUGUUUUCACCUUGGCUGUGUGACUUCCUGAGCUGCUGCCUGCAGACAGACAAGGAGCAGCGCUGGUCUGCCAAGGAGCUCCUGCAGCAUCCAUUUGUAAGAUUUGCUGAGCCUGUGUCCAGCCUGGUGCCACUGAUUGUUUCAGUGAAGAAGAGGAAGGACCAAAGAAACUGAAAAUCACAUCAGGACCAUUUCCUUCUCAACCGGCACAGGGCAGGAUUGUAGGUUCGGACAAGGGUUAGGGUUAGGGUUAGAGUUGGAGUUAGG